AUGUCAAGCUCCCAGAACCUCGAGGGCGUCACGCAUCGUGAGCCCGACGACAAGAAGAAGCAGGGCGGCGACGGAGGCGAUGGCGACAAGGACCAGGGCAAGAAGCAGAACAACGACGGCGAUGCAGAGAUGGAUGACGCCGAGCCCGAGGAGGACAUCCUGGACGAGGAGGUCCUCAGCCUCAGCACCCAGGACCUGCAGACGCGGAAACGCCUGCUGGAGAACGAUGCCCGCAUCAUGAAGAGCGAGUACCAGCGCUUAUCGCACGAGAAGGCCACCAUGGGCGAGAAGAUCAAGGAGAACAUGGAGAAGAUCGCCAACAACAGACAAUUACCCUACCUCGUCGGCAACGUCGUCGAGCUGCUCGAUCUCGACCCCACAGCCGAGUCCUCAGAAGAAGGCGCCAACAUCGACCUCGAUGCCACGAGAGUGGGCAAGUCGGCCGUCAUCAAGACCUCGACGAGGCAGACCAUCUUCCUGCCGCUCAUCGGUCUGGUCGACCCCGAGAAGCUGAAGCCCGGCGACCUCAUCGGUGUCAACAAGGACUCCUACCUCAUUCUCGACACAUUGCCCGCCGAAUACGACAGCAGGGUCAAGGCCAUGGAGGUCGACGAGAAGCCGACCGAGAAGUACAGCGAUGUCGGUGGCUUGGACAAACAAAUAGAGGAGCUGGUCGAGGCCAUCGUAUGGCCCAUGAAGGAGGCCGAGCGCUUCAAGAAGAUCGGCAUCAAGGCGCCGAAGGGUGCGCUCAUGUACGGCCCUCCCGGAACCGGCAAGACCCUCCUCGCCCGAGCCUGUGCCGCGCAGACCGAUGCCACUUUCCUCAAGCUCGCCGGUCCCCAACUGGUGCAGAUGUUCAUUGGUGAUGGUGCCAAGCUCGUCCGUGACUGCUUCGCCCUGGCCAAGGAGAAGGCCCCCGCCAUCAUCUUCAUCGACGAGUUGGAUGCCGUCGGUACCAAGCGGUUCGACAGUGAGAAGAGCGGUGAUCGUGAGGUGCAAAGAACCAUGUUGGAGCUGCUGAACCAGCUCGACGGUUUCGCUUCCGACGACCGCAUCAAGGUCCUGGCCGCCACCAACCGAGUCGAUGUCCUGGAUCCCGCCCUGCUGCGGUCCGGGCGUCUGGACAGGAAGAUCGAGUUCCCUCUGCCGAACGAGGAGGCGCGUGCCCAGAUCCUGAAGAUCCACUCGCGCAAGAUGAAGGUGUCCGAUGGCGUGAACUGGAGCGAGCUGGCGCGCAGUACCGACGAGUUCGGUGGUGCCAUGUUGAAGGCGGUGUGUGUUGAGGCCGGUAUGAUUGCUCUGCGGUCGGGGAAGAACAAGAUUGGCCACGAGCACUACGUGGAUGCUAUCACGGAGGUGCAGGCCAAGAAGAAGGAGACGGUCAACUUCUAUGCAUAG